AUGGUGAUGUGGGCUGAGCCAUCGGCGUCUCCGCCGCUUGCACGGUCACUCUGCAUCCUGGCCGCCAGCAAUGUCAACCGACUGCUUGUAAAGUUAGAAUUCUGGUGUAUACAGUAUGUUGCAAAACCCUCACAUUCCGGAGGUCAGUGAACCAAGUCCCACGCGCCGUAGUCAUCUCGGCAACUGCCUGUCCAUAAAUCAGGUGGGCUCCGGUAGAUUCGACUACCGCGUCGUGGCCUCGAUAAGGCGGUAACCUGUACGUUCCCACGUAUGUUUUCCUUUUUAGGGACACCUUUUACAGUCUACUUUACAUUUUUUCAUAGAUGUUUUGGCAGAUGUUGAAUAAUUCAUAUUGACACAACUUUGAAAAACUGGGCGCCUCCGUGGGAUUCGAACGCACGACAGUAAAGGGAAGGCUUUAGCACAACCAACGAUCUAACCACUUGGGCUAUGAAUUAUUCAAAAUCUACCAAAACAUCUAUGAAUUACGUGAACCUGGUAGUCAUCUGGUGGAUUCUACAUGCAUUACUUAGGAAAUCCUGCUUGGGAAAUAAACUUACUGCAUCAGAUUUCGUGGAUUCCAGAUGACAGGAUUACUCAUUCGACAGAAGGAAACGUACCUCGUUUGUUUUCCCUCUGCUUGCAGCAAUUAUGGCGUGGCAAGGCACGUCCGUUUCGCUGCCCAGCUGCGCCGCCAUCAGCAGUUGCAUGUGUGCAUGUGCAGUGGGGUUCUAACCCACUAGAACAAGAGAAAAAGUUGAGUACAGCCAACGCUAUAGCGACCUGAGUUACUAGGUCCCAAGAGAGAGAUAGAGAGAGAGAGAGAGCCGUGAAUGCAAUCACGGCAUGACUGACUAGUGCGAAUGUGGUGAGGUACUGGACUAAUUUGCCUUCGAAAAUUUAGUCCCAUUUUCUUUGACCGGAUUGCUUGUUUGAAUGUGACGAGAAACAACACACCUGUACAACCCACCUUGCUAGCGUGCUCCGCCGUCAUGCUCUGUUGUUAAGUUGCUUAACGUUCAAAAUCUCUAUAUCAUUCACUGCUCAGUCUUACUUGGUGCAUUUAAGGCUAGGAGUUCAUGAGAUAUAAAUCGUUAGUUCGUGAGUACAUUAUAAUUUGCGUCAUUGGUGACUCCCGACGUUAACGCAGACUUCAUACCUUUCUAUGUCGUACUGAGUAACAUUUAACGUGCUAUUUGUUUGCGAAGAUCCAUUCCAUUUACAUUUACCUUCCUCACAAAUUCUGAUACUUUACCAUCUCUGUCUUACUAUGUCUCACUCCAACCAACAACUUGAUGUCCCCGCCCAGUCCCUUCAUGCCAUCAAUAUUACCUUGCCUGAAUUCUGGCAACACGCUCCAGAACUUUACUCCAUCCGCAUAGAAUCAGCCUUUUAUUCUGCUAACGUUACCAAGGAGUUGACGAAAUACCACAAACUGGUGGAGGUCCUACCCGCUAGUGUCAUCUCUCAAGUUCACUCCUUGUUAUCAAGUCCUCCUGCAGAUGCUCCCUACUCCACGUUAAAGGAAGAAAUUCUCUGACUUAAUUCUGUGUCCGACCGACAGCGGUACCACCAGUUACUUAAGAAGGAGUCACUGGGUGACCGGAAGCCCUCUGAGUUUCUACGUUGAAUGCGUUCUCUCCUUGGGGACAUGCAGGUUGACGAUAAAUUCGCCAAGGAGAUGUUCCUAGAGCGUCUGUCCGCAGAUGUUUAAACGAUCCUGGCGUCUGGCUCUCAAGAUCUCACGGUAUCACAGCUGGCUGAGAUGGCGGAUCGAAUGAUAGAGAUGCAGCGGUUCCAGUCACCUUCCGUUGCCCAGAUCUCAUCCUCAUCGUCAGUGAAUGAGCAGUUAAUGAAACAGGUGUCGGCCAUUGCGGAUGAGAUGACCUCCCUUAAUAUACAGCUCGCCCGCCUUACUUCCAGUCGCUCACGCAGCCAUCGUCGUUCUCGUUCGCGACCUCAGACUGCCGAUACUUGUUGGUAUCACACUAAUUUCGGCGUAAAGGCCCGUCGCUGUUCCUCUUUUAAUCCGAAACAGGGAGAUCAGUCAGCCAGAGAAUAGAUGUGACCGUUUUCUCUGGCCCUUCCGGCUCUGGUCGCACCUUCUGUGUUUGCGACACUGCGACUCGUAGAAGUUUCCUGGUGGACACUGGAGCCCAAAUCAGCGUUGUUCCCCCAACUGCAGCUCAUCGUCGUUUCCCUAGCCUUAGUCUUCACCUGCAAGCUGCCAACUGUUCCCCCAUUCCCACUUUUGGCAGUCUGUCCCUCACCCUGAACAUUGGCCUUCGUCGGUCAUUCACCUGGAUCUUUGUGAUUGCUGAUGUCCCUCAUGCAAUCCUCGGCUUGGACUUUCUUGCUGAGUUCGAUCUCCUUGUUGACUGCCGACGUGCCCGUCUCCUCGACCGCACAACCGGUCUGUUUGUUCGUGGACAAACUCCCUUUGCUAUCCCCACCAACUUAUCUGUCUUGGAUACGGAUAUUGCUAGUCAUUUUCGGCAACUGUUUCUUAGUCACCCCAACAUAAUCAACCCCCUGUUUCUCAUUAGUGAGGUUCAACAUGAUGUUGUGCACCAUAUCCGCACCUCAGGUCCUCCCGUGUUUGCUCGACCGAGACGACUAGCACCGGAGCUUUUCCAGGCCGCGAAGGCGGAGUUUGAACACAUGCUGCAACUGGGAAUAAUUCGACCGUCCGAGAGCCCUUGGGCGUCCCCACUGCACAUGGUGCCCAAGGCAACAUCAGGCGACUGGCGACCCUGUGGCGACAAUCGUGCCCUCAACAGCGCUACCAUUCCUGAUCGGUACCCCGUGCCUCAUCUUCAGGACUCUGCUGGAGCCCUUUUCGGCAAAGCGAUUUUCUCGAAGAUUGAUCUGGUGCGUGCUUUUCAUCAGAUUCCAGUCGCCCUCGAGGACAUCCCUAAAACCGCCGUCACCACAUCCUUCGGUCUCUUUGAGUUCAUCCGCAUGCCGUUCGGUCUUCGUAUUGCCGCCCAAACGUUCCAGAGGUUCAUCGACCAUGCCUUACGUGGCCUACCUUUUUUGUACGCCUACAUUGAUGACCUCUUAGUAGCCAGCCGGAAUGAAGAAGAACACAAAGAGCAUCUUGCCUUCGUGGUUGACCGUCUUGACAAGUUUGGCCUUGUCAUCAACCCCUCCAAUUGUGUGUUGGGUGUGCCUUCGCUCCAGUUUCUCGGCCAUCAGGUUGACUCUGAAGGCCUGCGUCCCCUCCCCACCAAGGUUGAAGCAGUUCGUAAUUUCCCUCCACCAACUUCCAAGCGACAGUUGCAGCGAUUCCUCGGCAAGGUCAAUUUUUACCGCCGGUUCCUACGGAGCUGUGCUGAUCUCAUGCUGCCGCUCACCAACAUGCUUUCUGGUCCCAAAGGUCCGCUCGAGCUGACUGAUGAAGCACUGACUGCUUUUGAGAUAAUUAAAAAUUCUCUUGCCGAUGCCACCUUACUUACGCAUCCCGCUCCCGAAGCUCAGCUGUCUUUGAUGGUAGAUGCUUCGACCGUAGCCGUAGGUGCAGUCCUUCAACAACACCUUGCUGGUUCGACUCAACCACUUGCCUUUUUCUCCAAAAAGCUCUUACCAGCCGAGACACGCUACAGUACCUUUGGCCGUGAACUACUUGCCAUUUACCUGGCUGUGAAGCAUUUCCGGCAUUUCCUUGAAGGUCGGGACUUCACUCUUUUCACUGACCACACACCGCUGACUUUUGCACUUCGUUCCCACUCCGACAAGUACAAUCCGAAGGAAAUCGCCCACCUGGACUACAUCUCCCAAUUCACCACCGACAUCCGCCACAUUGAUGGCACGAAGGAUGAGGUGGCUGAUACGCUGUCCAGACCCUCACUGUCUUCCCUCCAACUCUCACACGGGAUCGAUCUUUGCGCCAUGGCAGCUGAGCAAUAG